GCCUGGUCGAGGGCGGGGCAGGGAGACAGCAUGCUAACCCGGGUUCGCUCGGCCGUGGCGCACCUGGUGAGCUCCGGGGGCGCUCCGCCUCCGAGACCCAAAUCCCCGGACUUGCCCAGCGCGACCGCGGCGCCGCCCGCCGCCGCUCCAGAAGCGCCCAAGAGCCCUCCGGCGAGGCCCGGGAGCGGGAGCCGGGCGCCCGCGAAAACAGCAGAGGCUCGAGCGAGCUUCUCUAGACCGACCUUCCUGCAGCUGAGCCCCGGGGGGCUGCGACGGGCCGACGACCACGCGGGCCGAGCCGUGCAAAGCCCCCCGGACACCGGCCGCCGCCUGCCCUGGAGCACGGGCUACGCCGAGGUCAUCAACGCUGGCAAGAGCAGGCACAAUGAGGACCAGGCUUGCUGUGAAGUGGUGUAUGUGGAAGGCCGCAGGAGCAUUUCAGGGGCCCCUAGGGAGUCUAGCAGAGGCCAGGGACUCUGCUUCUACUACUGGGGCCUGUUUGAUGGACAUGCAGGGGGCGGAGCCGCUGAAAUGGCCUGUAGGCUAUUGCAUCGCCACGUCCAGGAGCAGCUAAAGGACCUAGUAGACAUACUUCAGGACCCCUCCCCACCUCCCCUAUGCCUCCCCUCUACGCCUGGGACCCCAGGUUUCUCGGAUCGCUCUCACUUGGUUGGUCCUCAGCCCUGCUGGUCUUUGCAGAAGGAAGUGAGCCAUGAGAGCCUGGUGAUAGGGGCCAUUGAAAAUGCCUUCCAGCUCAUGGGGGAAGAAGGGACCGUUACCCUCAGUGUGGUCUGGCCGGGCCAGGAUGAGCAGAUGGCCCGGGAGCGGCGUGGCCACCAAGUGGAGGGGGGCUGCUGUGCACUGGUUGUGGUAUACCUGCUAGGCAAGGUGUAUGUGGCCAAUGCAGGUGACAGCAGAGCCAUCAUUGUCCGGAAUGGUGAAAUCAUUCCAAUGUCCCGGGAGUUUACCCCGGAGACUGAGCGCCAGCGUCUUCAGCUGCUUGGCUUCCUGAAACCAGAGCUGCUGGGCAGUGAAUUCACCCACCUCGAGUUCCCCCGAAGAAUUCAGCCCAAGGAGCUGGGGCAGAGGAUGCUGUACAGGGACCAGAACAUGACUGGCUGGGCCUACAAAAAGAUCGAGCUGGAGGAUCUCAGGUUUCCUCUGGUCUCUGGGGAGGGCAAAAAGGCCAGAGUGAUGGCGACCAUCGGGGUGACCCGGGGCUUGGGAGACCACAACCUGAAGGUCUGCAGUUCCACCUUGCCCAUCAAGCCCUUCCUCUCCUGCUUCCCUGAGGUACAAGUAUAUGACCUGACACAGUAUGAGCACUGCCCAGAUGAUGUGCUAGUCCUGGGAACAGAUGGCCUGUGGGAUGUCACCAAUGACUGUGAGGUAGCCGCCACAGUGGACAGGGUGCUGUCAGCCUAUGAGCCCAAUGACCCAAGCAGGUAUACAGCUCUGGCCCAAGCUCUGGUCUUGGGGGCCCGGGGUACCCCACGGGACCGUGGCUGGCAUCUCCCCAACAACAAGCUCGGUUCUGGGGAUGACAUCUCUGUCUUCGUCAUCCCCCUGGGAGGACCAGGCAGUUACUCCUGAGGGGCUGAGCUUCAGCUCUCCCACCACCAUCCCCUCUCCCAGCGCAAAUUUUGAAGUUGUCUCCUUGACUCUUCUUUAGUGACAAUUUAACCGACAAAGGGCUGAUAGAACCAGAAUCAUACCUACUGGCCAAUAAACCAGAUAGAUAAAUA